AUGGAAAACUCAGAUUCUAGCCAUAAAGGAAAUGACCAAUCUGCAGCACAGCGCAGAAGGCAAAUGGAUCAAUUGGAUCGGGAAGAAGCUUUCUAUCGAUUUGUAAAUAAUCUGAGCGGAGAAGACUAUCGACUUAUGAGAGACAACAAUUUGCGAGGCACCCCAAGUCAAAGUACUGAGGAGGAGCUGCUCAGAGGACUACAUCAAAUUAAAGUGGGGCCUCCGCCACAGCAGAGCUCAGAAGAAAAUAGACGUGGAGAAUCUUCAGAUGACGCAUCCAAUAGUGAUUCCAUAAUAGACUGUCGUAACUCUGUCAGACAGACUGGCAAUACAACAAGAAGUGGUCAGAGAGGAAAUCAGUCCUGGAGGGCAGUGAGCCAGAAUAAUACAAACAGUGGUGAUUUCACAUUCAGUUUAGAGACAAAUGUUAACCAUUAUAAUGGAAGCCAAACCCCAGAAAAUGAAAAUGAACCAUCUGCUACACGUUUUAGUGUAGAAAACAUGGACAGCAGCAGUCAAAGGCAAAUGGAAAAUUCAGCAUGUGAGACAUCAUCUGCCAGACCACCUACUUCAGAAUGCAGUUCUGCUGAAGCAUUAACAGAAGUGCCAUCCACCAAAUGUCAGAGGAGGGCAGGAAACUGGAAACCCGAACAUCAGGGAAGAACCAGAGUCAGAGAUCAAGGAAGUAGAUCUCUGUACCCAGGAAAUGAAAUUCGACGAAGAUCUCAUCAUAGCAUCUCAUCUCAGACUUUUGAGCACCCUUUGGUAAACGAGAUCGAGGGAAGUUCUAGAGCCCCUCGCCAUGGGACUUUGAGACAGCAGAUAACGGGACCUGAGUUGCUAGGUAGAGGUCUUUUUGCGGAUUCUGGGUCAAGAAAUUCUGCCGCUCAAGGGACAAGUUCUUCAGACAUGAAUACCAAUGGUGAAGCGGCAGGAUCUGGUGAAAGGCCUCAACCCAUAGAACUGCAAAUCAGAAUAAGAGUUCUGCUGGGAGAAUACCAGCAGAGAGAUAGUAUAGUUACCAGAACUCAGUCAAUGUCUCAGACACCAAACAACACGGUCACUUACGAAAGAGAAGAUGAAGGUUUUACAAGCACCUUGACACUUUCUGAACUUGCAGUUGGGAGAACCUAUGUGAGCUCAGACGGGUUUUUCACCCUUACCAUCUUCAAUCCUGGAUCAAGGGAAACUACAUCUGUUCCAAUUCAAACCACGUUAGGGCAGAGAACAACAAGUUUUAGUGAGCUUCCAUGGAGUGGAAGAUGGAGCUCUGGUGCUCACAGCUCUGCUUCCGGCUCCAGCUCCAACCCUGGCUCCACUUCCAACAGUGAAAGUUCAGAACGUAACUCAGAGAUGUUUGAAGGAGGUAACGAAGGAACCCGAAUUUAUCCUUUUAACGACAACCACCAACCUAGAGGACUUAGCAAAGAACAGUUUAAUAACCUGGCAAUCAGAAGUUUUGGUGAAAAUGAUGCAUUGAAGAUAUGUACUAUUUGCAUUACUGAAUAUAGGGAAGGCAACAAACUUUGUAAGCUACCUUGCUCCCAUGAGUACCACGUCCACUGCAUCGACCGCUGGUUAGCCGAGAAUAGCACCUGUCCCAUUUGUCGCAGGGCCGUCUUAUCUUCUGGGAACAGAGAUAGGGUAAUUUAA